AUGGAUUUUCUCAAGUUACCUUUAAAUUCUACCUUUGUCAGAGUAGAAUAUUCUGUGACGCCGCAGUUGAGUGUUGGAAUCACUGAAGCCAGGAAAGAUCUUUCUAUUAGAUCUUGCAAAACUGAGAGCGUACUUUGUACUGCCCGGAUAGGACAAGCUUCUGGAAGUUCCCUUUAUCCAGAGGCAGAAUGGACCCUCUUGCCUGCAACUAGAACAUUGUUGAGUUUCAACAAAAGGCCUGAGGAAACAGUGUUUCCUCUUACAAGGUACAAUCUUGGCUCCUCUACCGUAAGGGGGGCUGUUCUUGGAAAUGUACUCCUGAAACUUUCGUAUUUAACCAGGAUACAAAUUGCAUUGCUACAUAAUUCCCCCUGCUGAGGCCCUAUGAAAGGAAUGAGUUGGGACAGAUACAGCAAGAUAUUAGGACAAAUUUUCCCCAUUCUUCCUGCUGUACUACACAGAAGUGAACUUGAUUUCAACAAGAUGACCUAAUUCUUAGCAUGCUUUUCUACCCACUUUCACCCAUAAUGCUUCCAAAUCACUGUCUGAUUCAAGAUGUGCAGAGAAACAAAACGGAAAAAAAGAUAAACUGGCCAGUAAAAAGUAAGAUGACAUUUAAUUAAAACUAAGUUUGCAAGUUAAUGGAGGGAAAAGGGUAUAUUGUUAAAAAAACAAAACAAAACAAAACAAAACCCACCGUGAUUAAACCUCAGGGCAGCCUAGCACAUCACUAUCCUUUUGUGGUUUUGAGUGUAUUUUAUUCCUGCCCUGGAAGUAGAUAUUUGUCAUAUUGUUAAUAAUUGCUCUACUAAAUUGUACUCAACAGCGAGCAUCUCUGUAACCUUGUUUACUCACAAAGCUUUCAUUUUCUUCCUGUACUUUUCUUAAGCUUGUUUCUGAGGGGUGGUUCCUUCACAUAAGCUUUCAAUUUUUAAAUAACACAAUCCGUUUAUUUCACUAGGCAUCUUUAUUUGCUUAAAAUGGGGAAGAAUCAGAUUGUGAUUGUGGUGUAAAUCAGUCAAUCCUUUUCUUCCCUUUAUAGGAAAAGCUGUGGGUAAUAAAAAAGAGAAUUGAACAAAAUAGAAAUUCUACUAGGCUUUUAUGAACUCAGUCUUUCGAGUAAGAAGAGCUAAAUCCGUGGAGUGGGGGGAAGAGAAGAAAAUGCAAAUGGUGUUUUUUGUUUUUGUUUUUGUUUUAGAGCUUUUACUUUAAGCCACUCUAGUAUCCCCCUUCUCUUCCUUCCACUAUCCUGGCCCCACCCGGACAUAGUCAGAAUCCAGGGCUCCGGACACUUCACAAGCUGGAAGGAGAGCAAGAGUGAGGGUCUGUGUUAGCCUGCCCCGGUCUUCACGAGAGGUCCAAGCAGAAAGGCUGCCUAGAGAGCCUCAUUCUGACCUCUCCAAAACUGCAUCAGAGAAACUCCUAAAUUGUAUCAGUCAUCCUGAAACUUGAUCAGUAAAGAAUUUUUCUUAAGAAAAAAUAAAAUACUUAAUCUUGUUGGGAUCUUUUGAGGUAGGAAAAUCUGAUGAGAAAUAAACAUUCCCUAUAUUCCUAUGCCUUGGGUAUGCUCCUGGAAACAUUGGAGGGAUUGAUUGCCAGAAAGUCUUGGCAGUUUUCAAAGAUGGCUGGCCAAGUCAUAAGAGAACGAGGAGAAGAGGUUUAUGGUACUGAGUCCGGCAUUGUGUGUAAAACACAGGUUUCAAUGUAAAGAAAUCUGUUGCACAAAACCUUGGAAUACAUACCAUCCUGUCUUUUCUUUACUACCCCCUGCACAAGUACCCUGUUCCUCAAAAAAAUUUUUUAGAUAAUAAGAAAAAAUAGAAUGAAUAUGAUCGUAAGGAAGCAAAUCUCUUUGUCUUAAUGUUCUUUUCCUUUUGCUUUUACAUUUAAGAGUUAAGACAACAUUUCAGCAGAGAAAUGUGGAGAAGGGUAAAGGGAAAUCAAUAAAGUUAUUCUGUGACUUUUCCCAGGAGGGAGCAGUGUUAAUCGAGAAAGGCCUGCUUGGCUAUAUAUCAAGUCCGAGGAGAGAGCAGGAGUUGAUUUUGAAACAGAUUUCCCGGCUAAACUGAAGGAGAGAUAUAUAAAUAUACAUAUAUGUACAUACAUGCAUACAUACAUACAUAAUUUUUACAAGAAUGGUGUGUGUCUGCAUGUACACUAUUAUAUACAUUUUAAUGUACAUGAAAAGUGUGUAUUACAUACACACACAUUUAAAAACUAGGUAAGAACAAUUGCUUAAGGUCAUAAGUGAUAUUGGACAACAAUUCCCCUAACAGUAGUUUCUGUAUAUUGAUCUAGGAUCAUUUUAUACUUUAUAAGUUUCUCUAAUAAGUCCUUUGACUCCCAAAGAAGGAACUUGAUGUACAAAAGCCUAAAGUGACAGGUGAAGGGAUGGAAAUCAGAUUUCCUGACCCAAGGCCAGUGGAAGUGUCUUUGAUCAUGGGGAAGCUUCUAAAGAGUCUCUCUGGGUAGUCACUUUCUCUAGUGACUACAAAAAUUUCUAGCAGGUGUGAUUUCAGUAGAGCUUUCAAGAGCCAAGUUGGCCAGGGCACUACCCAGUUCCACUGGGUCAUAGCAUCACAUUCUCAUGUUCACUAGAAGCUGUGGUGGUUUCUUCCUGGACAGAGUUGGACAACAUAAUUGAGUGGGAUACUCGAGUGUCAGUCCUGAUGUAUCUUCACAGUGUGAUCUUGAGUGAGUUACCUAUCCUUUCUGUACAUUGGUUUCUUUAUGUAUGAAAUGGGAUGAAUAAUUCUUACCCCUUCCAAACAACUUCCUUAUUGCCCAAGAAUCUUAUCCAAAUUUCUUUGUCCCUCUCAAUGCUCAGAUUUCAGAGACGACUAAAGGGGGAUCUCCUUUCCAUGACCCAAUCUACUGGGAUUAAUUCCACCACUCUGAAACCUUUCACAUUUUUCUUCUCUCAUUUUGGAUGUUCAAAUUCUAAAUUGUUUUUAACAUCAGCUAAGAUGCUCUCUUUAUUUUCUUUCUUUCUUUUUAAAAGAUAUUAUUUAUUUGGGAGGG